AUGAGCGAAGUCCAAGGCGACCGCCCUCCCUUCUUCGCUGGCUCGGCGAGCAAGAUCGCCUGUUGCAGGGGGCGAGAGUUUCCCACUGGGGUAGUGAGGGAGUUCCGAUGCUUUCAGUGCCGCAACGCGACACUUGACGACGUCAACAGCAUCAUCGAGCACUUCGAACUCAACGAGAAGGAGCCAUGGCGAUUCUUCCCUGGAACCUCUACAGUCUUCACAGCCUCCAGCCCGACCUUCCCUUGCUCCAUCUCCGCUCCUCACAUCACUGAGCGCAUGCGGCUCAAGGACGGGGCGUUUAUCUUGCUGUCCACCCUUGUGAGCCCUCAGCGUUACUGCGGCUCGAGCUCGGGCAGCGGAACAGAGGAGAUCAGCUCGAAGGACUGGAACUUCUGCAAGAAACUCGCGCUAGUUGAGCUCAUGUCAGCUCGGAACGACUUCCAUCCCAAACACUCCAAGGCAUGUUCGCAGCUCUACGCAAGGACCAUUGCUUACCACUCGCUCCGGCAGCUCGAGGCUUACGCUCGCUCCCUCGGUUUCGACGCCCUCCGCGUCUUCGUAACCAGCCACUCUCCUGCUGCCGUGAACGCCAUUUUCAACGCUCGAUGCAACAGCCAUGGGAAGGAGCAGCAUUUCCUUGGUCUGUGGGCAGCGUACGAGCGGCGGCCGGUGCAGUACAUGGACGGUACUCAGCUCGGUCAAGGGUUGAACCUGUCGAGCCAAGAGGUUCUCAAGGGGAUCAGAAGCUGCUUCGUGGAGAUGGAAGUCGAUCUCAUCGCAACUCAGUUCGCACGACGACACACGGAGUGGAGCCUUAGAGCACAGUCCAUGGAGCAGAGGUUCCAUGCCAACGCGGAGCAGCACAGAUGCGAGACGCGCUCAAGGGUGGGAGACGCGAGGGAUCUGAAAGAGUUCAGACAAGCAGGAGCAGCGCCGGGGGUCCAGCCAUGGCAGAAGCUUCCGGAGCCGUCAGUGCCCCAGAGAGCGGAGAGACCGUUGGCAGGCCCGACCAGAGUGGAGGAUGGGAGGGCAAGGGCGACGGCAAGGAGUCAGAACUCCACGGCUGAGGUGACAGGGCAAGAGUUCAGGAGACCUCCGACUGACCCCCCACAGGCUGCAGGCGAGCAGACGAGCCUCGUGCGGUGGCUCGGCACAGCAGGGCAACACGGUCAGAGCGCUGGCUUGCCCGUGCAGGAGGGGAGCGCGAGGGACUCGAUGGAGACUCACGAUGGUAGGGAGGACGGAGGAGACGAGACAGGAACCAGCACGAGAUGGGUGGACCUGAUGAGGGAGUACGGCCUGCUGCACAGGCGCACAAAAGUGGCGAGCUUGAGGAGGAAGUGGACGCGAAGGGAAGCAGCGCAGCAGCAGAAGAGGCCUCCAGUCCUCUUCCCCACGUCUGAAGAGCACCAGGCGCAAGCUGACGUCAGCGAUUCAUCGGCCACCAACACACCCCUGGAGCUCCUGACGCUGGAAGACAUAGCGCAGGGCAAGCAGGUCACCGUCAAGCACUUGUGGUCUCGGAGCGAGGCGGCGAGGGAGCAGACUCGAUGA